GGCGGGGAGCACCGCCCGCCGCCCACAUCCCCGCCGCCGCCGCCGCUAACUUUGCUUCUCCGCAAAGAGCCGCCCUCCGGCAAACAGAGGGUCGGCGGAGCCGGGGUCCGAGCCGGCCCCAGCGAUGAAGGGCCGGCGACGGUGGCGAGGCGAACAUCGCCGCUUCGCCGCGGUGCUGGUGCUGUACACGCUGCUGCUGCUCCUGUUGGUGCCCUACGCGCUGGACUACGGGGCCAGGCGCGGGCGAACGGACGAGGAGCCGCUGCUGCGGCGCUGCCCAAGCCUGGAGGAGGCGCUGAGUGAGUGGGGCUGGGAGCAGCGGCCGCCGCUGGACGAGGAAGAGGAGGAGGAUGAGGCGGGCACGGCCGGGGCGGCGGGUAACGGCAGCGCGGGGACGGCGGGGAAGCGGCACAUCUACCUGCACGCUACCUGGCGAACGGGCUCCUCUUUCCUCGGGGAGCUCUUCAACCAGCACCCCGACGUCUUCUACCUGUACGAGCCCAUGUGGCACCUUUGGCAGGCGCUCUACCCGGGGGACGCGCUGAGCCUGCAGGGAGCCCUCCGCGACAUGCUGCGCGCCCUCUUCCGAUGCGACUUCUCCGUCCUGCGCCUCUACACCGCCCCGUCCGGCCCCCGCGACCCGCUGGCCCCCGCCCCGCCCGCCGCCGACAACCUCACUACGGCCAGCAUCUUCGGCUGGCGGACCAACAAGGUGAUCUGCUCGCCGCCGCUCUGCCCCGCCGCCCCGCGGCCCCGCGGCGACAUCGGCCUCGUCGACGGCGCCACCUGCGAGGAGACGUGUCCGCCGCGGGCGCUGCGGGAGCUGGAGGCCGAGUGCCGCAAGUACCCGGUGGUGGUCAUCAAGGACGUGCGGCUGCUGGAGCUGGGCGCGCUGCUGCCGCUGCUGCGGGAGCCCGGCCUCAACCUGCGCGUGGUGCAGCUCUUCCGCGACCCCCGCGCCGUCCACAACUCCCGCCUGAAGGCGCGGCAGGCGCUGCUGCGGGAGAGCGUCCAGGUGCUGCGCAGCCGCCACCGCGCCGAGCCGCGGGGCCCGGCCCGCCACCAGCAGCAGCAUCUCCUGCUGCCGCCCGGGCUGCUGGGCGGGGGGCGGCCGCCGCAGCCGCAGCACCGCGCCGAGUUCUUCCUCGGCGGCGCGCUGGAGGUGAUCUGCCAGUCUUGGCUCCGCGAUCUGCUCCUGGCCCGGCGCGCCCCGGACUGGCUCCGCCGCCGCUACACGCAGCUCCGCUACGAGGACCUGGUGCAGGAGCCCCGCGCCGAGCUGCGCCGCCUGCUGCGCUUCGCCGGGCUGACGGUGCCGCCGGCCCUGGAGGACUUCGUGGUCAACAUGACCCGCGGCGCCGCCUACUCCUCCGACCGGCCCUUCCUCAUCUCCGCCCGCGACGCGCGGGAGGCCGUGCACGCCUGGCGGGAGCGCCUCAGCCGCCAGCAGGUGCGGCAGGUGGAGGCGGCGUGCGGAGAGGCCAUGAGCAUCCUCGCCUACCCCCUCAGCGCCGGCGACGCCCGGUAGCGCCCGAGCCACACGUCCCGGACGGGCCCGAGGGCGGACGGAGGGGCGCCGUCGGGCAGAGCUGAGCGCGGGGUCACCGCUGGCAUGGUAGGGGCCCACUCGGCGAGCCCGGCGAUCCCUCGGGGCGGCCCCGGCUGAGGGACACCUGCCUCGCCUCGGGUACAGGCAGCGCUGCAGGGUCCAGGCCCCCCGAGCCGCUGUGGCUUCAUUGUGGCUGUUUUCCUUCUGGGCUGUGUGGAGAGGGCAGGGGGAUGUUUUAUUUACCAGGAGGUUUGGUAAGAGGUGUCCUCCUAGCACGGCAUCACUGAAAUUGUGAUCAUGUACAAAGAACAGGUAUGCUACAAACAAACUGCAUGAAAAUUUAAAAAUCCCCCAGGUGAAGACUCUCAGCAAGGAACUAGAGGGCCUGGAAGGUGCUCCUGUGAGAGCAUUGCCCUUCUGGAGCUCUGAAUCACACUGACAGCUGUCCUACUGCUACUGAAACACAAGAGGCUUCUGUGAAGUCGCUGCAGGGGUCAGCAGGGGCCUGGGCAGCCAUGAGGAGAGUUCCUGCUGCAGGGUAGGACUGAGCUCUCCUGCCCCAAACCUGCUCUGCAGGGAUGGUGUCUGCCCCUGUCCAUUGCUGGUGCUGUGGGGAGGGGGCUGAAGGAAGGGGAACAGCUCUGUCCAUCGUUCUGAGCAGCAGGGUAAGCAGUGCAGGGAGGGUAAGCAUUCGCCUGCUUAUGUGUUUUGAAGAUGCUUGUGGCAGAAAUCUUUGCUUUUCUAAAGAAAUCUGUAAUUGUAGGAUUUUUUGAAUAUACAUACAUUGAUAUAAUUUGCUGAUACUGAUGUGAGGUACAGGUGACUAAUAUGUUUCUUUGGAACACGUGUAGGGGUGAAUGAAACUGGAAGGCAAAUGCUCAACAUUUCCGUUUUGUUUUCUCUCUCAGAUGAGAGAAUCACUUUUCUUCCCUGGCUUCCGGGCUGACACAUUGUGCCGUGCACAGGGUCCUCCUGAUCACAUCCCUUCCAAACAAUAACAUCCUCUCAGCUGGCAACUCCUGGACAAAAGCAAAUGUUUCCUAAGACAAAUUAAUCAUGAAGUUCCCAAAUAAAAUCUUACAUUAAAAAAAGCAACCAAACAAAUGAAACAAACAAGCAAACAAAAACCCCUGAAGUUUUAUUCUGGAUUUUAAAAUUACACGUUCCUGCAGCUAUCCUGCAGCUUGUGUGAGAAGAGGGUGUGUGUGUGUCUGCAUGUACCUUUGUUUCUUAAUUUCUUGAUGUGGGGAUAGAAGAUUCAGUUGUAACUUAGCGAUGCAGUUUCAUAACUUCAUAGGGACUGCUUUUGAAUCUAUUACAGUCUGGUAGUCUUUAAAUGGCUUCGUGAGGCUGUACAGGAUUACAGGGAUGUUUACAUGCACUCCUCAACUACAAACCCAGAAUAUGAGUUUUAAAUUGAGGAUAAUCCAGGAUCAGGAAGAAAUCAGUAUUUAUACAAAGUGCUGAAAAUAAAGGCAGUUCAAAGAUGUUAUAUUAUCAUGGAGGAGGUGUUUGAAUUGCACUGUACAUUUUUGUCCUCUGAGUGUUAUGCUGUACAGCAUGUCACCAAAUUAGGAUGAACCUUCAUUCAUUUUGGCUCUUUUUCCCCUUGAUCUUCCCAUCUGAGAGUAUGCUGGCAUAAGAAACAGGUUUCUUUCAUUAUCUGACAGGAAAAUGUAGUCAUAACAAUAUUUUUGAACAAAUUUAUCCAUUUCCCUGUAGCAUACUUCAUUCAGUUUUGCAGACUUGGGUUUCUGCUUGAAGUAAGAAUUACAGGGUCUCAUUUUGUGCUGGAAAAACUUGUGUAUUAUCUAAGGGGUGUUUCUGCAUUCUCUCACUGUGCCUGUGACACCAAAAUUUGUCUCUGGAUGUUCCAGUGGCAUUUAAUAAUGUUAUUUCUAGAGAUAGCACGUGUACAAUGCCUUGAUAACCUGUGUCAGGUAGCCUAUUUUGGAAGGUUUUUCUGGGACUGUACCCAGCCUGGCUUGUACUGACAGGUUUGGAAAGAAAUUAACAUUUUUGUGCAUACCAAAAGAUGAUAUGGUACUUAUUUUCUUAAAUUGGAUGGGAGAUUAAAAUCCGGUAUAUCCUGUUAAUUUGUUUUUAGCAAGUUGCAAUCACAGAAUUGUGUGAUGCAGCAGUUAAGCAUUCUCCUCACCUUGACAGAGAAUCUCAUCAUGCUCUUUCAGGUGGUAGAUAUCUUUUGUAAGUCUUUCAAAACUAACACUUAAUUUCACUUAAAAUGGUUCAUCAUGAUGAGCAAAGAAGUGUUACCAUCUAGCUUAACUUGGUUCUUAUAGCUGGGAGAAAAUCCACUUAUUGGAAAUAAUUCGGUAUUUUCUGAAACUGUUCCAUGUUUGAGCUGCAGAGGUGGUGAAGGGCUUUGAGGGGAAGCCAAGGGCAGCCCCUUGUUGGGGCUGUCCUUUGCAGGGCCUGGAGUGGGACUUUGCUGAUCCUUGUGGGUGUCUUCCAACUCAGGAUAUUCUAUGAUAGAUGCAUUUCUGUAUCAAUAAUUAUUUCUGUCAGCACAACUUGUUCACUAGCCUGGUUGCUCUCCAUGAGUGAUUAUUUUAAUUUUUAGAUUUUUGUAUAAUGUGAAAAAGGCUCCAUUGGGCAAAGUGUACAAAAUAUAGCAAGUGCAAUUUUUGGUUUGCAUUCAGUGCACCUGAAUUCAUCAGAAAACUCAUCUUAAAAAUCCAUAGGGAAUAUCCAAAGCUGAGAAAGGAGCAAGUAGGCCAGAGAGACAUCUUAGAACAGCAUGUGGAUGACAGUUGCUUAGUGACUGGUGGUGUGACACGUGCGCUUCAGUCUCUAGAAGGUUUUCUAAAUUCUUCUGCCCAAGGAGGACAACUAAGGCUCACCAACAAAUGCAUCCCAUUUUUCUCUUUAUGGUGUUUUGAUGUGUUGGACAGUAUGAUUCAGGGUGCUUACAGCAUGUACUUGGUCUUGAAACUCAGGCCUUGAAGCAAAAGCAAAUGUACUGUCAAAUGUCAGUGUUGGUAUUUAUCUGAAAAGGCAGAAAUAGGCCUGAUUAGGACAACCAGCAUGGAGUUUGAGUGGCAGAGAUCUUUGGAACCAACCAGAACUUGCUGAAAGCAGGACACCCAUAGUUAGACUGUGUUUUGAGAGCAGCUGGACAUUUAUGGCUUGGGCAGUUCGAGGUGAAGUCACAGUUCUACUGGAUGAUGUAGAAAAUUGAACCAUGACUGCUCAUUUAGAGCAGAACAUGGCAUGUUAAGCAAGAGAACAGUAAGCACAUUUUUAUAUCCAACCUGUACUUGGAAGGCUUAGAAUCACAGUGCAGGACUAAGUCAAAAUGUUUUAGUUAUUUCAGACUGAGAUUGAUGAAAAUUACCUGCUUGUGCUACAUUACAUACAACAAAUUAACAAUUCAUUUACUAAAAAGUCAUAGUGGGAAAUGGGUACAAAACUGACAAAUACUCACAAGACAACUCUGCUGUCUGUUUUUACUUAACUUUUGGUUGUCAUACAUCUGAGUUAAGGGUGGUAGAAACUUGAGUACUGUAAUUAUUCAUAAAAGGCUGGGAUAUUUCCAUGCCAUAAUUGCUUGUGGGAAAUUAUGAAAGUCCAGGGCCAAGAAAUACCUGCGCCCUACCUUAUUUCUACUCCGUAGGAUAUUACUGAUGGAAUCCUUGUAGAUAUCCACAGUAUGUACUUUCAUACUACAGGUACAAUAGAAGUAGUUUGGUAUCAGUUGCAGUAUUUAACAGAAGUGUUAGAAUGUUUGUGGAGUUACUUAUUUAACAACUUCAGUAUUGCAUGAGUCAUUUUAGCCCCCUCCUCCCCCAUCAGUCUGGGCAUCAAGUCCUGAGUUUCUGCAUUAAGUUCUCAGUAUCACCACUUUCAAUGAUAAAAAAUGCUGCAGAGUUUUGGGUUUGUUAUGGUAACGCAGUUAAAGCACUGAAUUAAACCCCGAGAGCCAACAAGCCCGACAGCAUGUUCUGUUCCUUUCUCGAGCACAGAGAGCUGUCACUGAGACUCUCUGAUGGUGCCUGUCAGUUUUCAGAGUCACCAUGCAAUCCGUGCAGCGCUGGGACUACCUGAGAUGUUGUUUUGUCUUUCCUAUUUAACUUAACACGACACCUACCACCACGGAGGAUGAGAUGGGAGAAAUACAAUUUGUCAAGCCUUGCACUAGCAGUUUUCAACACCCCACUGGCAGUGUGAGUGGGUGUGUGAAUGAGGGGCCAGGCCCGGACUGUCCUCUUGGCUGUGUUUCAAAGAGAGGAAAGCUGGAUGCAGGCACAUUGGGGUGGUGGGUUUCAGUGAUUGAGGGGCCUGUUGUUUGUUGGUGAGAUGUAUAUCUGAUAGUCUCAGCUCUGCACAAGCUGGUUAACAUUUUAGGACUUGCAGUCUGGAUAUUGAGUACUGUGAAAUUCUUGCUUCCAGCACUGAGAUGUUAAGCUCUGCUGCUAACCUAGGGCACCUGCAGUGCCAUUUCUUGUUGCUGUUAAGUGGGAAUCCAGUCCUUCCCUGCAGCUUCCAAACUUGUUGCCCUGUUUCUGAAGGUCCAGCUUUGCCAAACUUCAACUGUACAUAGACUGAAACUUUUUGUCAUGGGCAUAAGGUUUAAGUCUUUUGGAAUUUCAGUCAAAGCAGUUGCAUAUUCUUUUUAAUUUAGGAUGUGGUGGUCUUUUGCCUGUGUUCAAAUAUUCUCAAAUAUAUUUCUUUGAAAUCAUUUGUCACUUCAGUGUUUUGGGACAGGAACUCCAUUUUGGGUAGGGGAAAUGACCUCUUUGUAGCCGUAGGAUCCUGUGGGGGUU